UUCUGUACCCAGGUUCUGUCAAAUGAGAAAAAAAGGUGAAACGUCACUAUAGUCACUAAAUAGUCAAUAGCAAUUAAAUUAUUAUUGGAAUAUUCAAAUCAUCAAUAUAUGAACAAUCGAUAAAGUGAUUAUGUUCAGCUGAAUAAUAUAUCAAAGCGGAAAUGGAUGAUUCAAACUACAUGAACUAUGACAUAAACAACCAUCAAACGUACGACACGCUAACCAGCCAAUUAAUCGAACCGGCGCCACAAUACAACCAAUGCGAGGUGCGACUGGAAACAUUCGAUCAAGCGUUCAAAUCUCAUGCUCUAAUGCUGAACGAUGACCGGAACCGGCCGAGUCCCAUCGAAUGUGAUGUGUGCAAGAAAUCGUUCACGCUGAUCCAACAUCUACGCAUCCACAUGCACAUACACAACGACGAGAAGAAAUUCCAAUGCGAAUUGUGUCCCGAGCAAUUUGUGCUCGAAACGGAUCUCACCAACCAUAUGAAACAGCAUUCGGACAAUUACAAGCCGUUCAAGUGCAAGAUUUGCGGUCAGGCGUACAGUCACGAGCGGAAUCUGAAGGUUCAUCAGCAGGUUCACAUCAACAAUGUUAUGUUUAAAUGCGACCAAUGUGAUAAGGAAUUCAAUCAGAUGUUUAGCCUCAAGAUUCAUAUGAACGUGCACAACAACAAACCUUACAAAUGCAGUUUAUGUGAAAAAACAUUUUCGCAAUCGUCCAACUUAAAGAAUCACCUCAACGUUCAUAACGGCCAUCGGCCGCACAAAUGUGACGUUUGCGGCAAGGGCUUUAAUCAAAUCUCGAGCUUACGAUCCCACAAGUACGGGCAUACAGGUGACAAGCCCCACAAAUGUACGGUUUGUGACAAGACUUACACCCAAUCGUCGAGUCUGAAGGUACACAUGAACAUCCACAACGGAUUCAAACCGUACAAAUGUCAUAUCUGCUUAAAGGAAUUUACGGAUCCUUCAAAUUUCCGGAAACACAAAGCAACAACACAUUCCGUUUAGACCAUACCACUGCUGCAUGACUGUAUACUACAUGUGGGUGGAGGGAGAGAGAGAAAGAGAGAGAGUGAUGAAACCGGAGGUACUUUGUUAUUCCGUCACCGAACCAAACAUUCCAUGCAAUCUUGCCAUUGUUGUCACAUUCCACUCGGUUGUUUUUGAUCCCACUGCUGUCCGCUGCGUAUUUCAUCAAUCUCUCACUCUAUCUAUCUACCUCCGUCUUAUCGACAAUUUGCAUGCAUACCUAUCAUCGACAUCGACAAUUUUCACCGGAUUAUUAGUCUCACCAAUUUUUUGUUUGUUUUCGGUUUAAAAAGACUUUGCAUGUCACUUGCGUGUGCAGCGUCGACUCAUCCACUUUCCUCUCGCACACUGACCCAAUGUCUGCCCACUUUCGAUUCCAACUCGCAAUUUGAUUGUUACCCACCAGGAUGACAAAGUGGUUGAGAUUGGGUCAGCUCACUGGUCGGGGUGUUCGCUGCACUCAAGCAAAUAGAUAUAGUGUCAGGAUUGAGGUCUGGUCUACAAUCAAUUCCUGCUGUUGUGAUAACAGAUGUUUGAGAGCUGGUUAGCUUGGGUGUGAAAUGUUUUCUCGAAAUAAAUUAGGGAAAUUCGUCAAAUUUCGG